GACUCCGAGGGCUAUUACCAAGUUAUCCUUGGUGAGCAGUUUGACGGUGGCCGAUACCAAGUCUUCUCUUCAGUUGGCAAAGGAAUGUUCGCCAAUGUGGUCCGCGCUCGAGUAUUGUCUGGAGAGCCAAGUGAAAUUGGUAAAGAGGUCGCCAUCAAGAUUAUUCGGAGUCAGGAGACAAUGUUUAAGGCAGGCCUCAAGGAGAUCCAGAUGUUGAACAAGCUCAAGCAAGCUGAUCCAGAUGACAAAAAGCAUAUCGUUCGUCUUGAGCGGACAUUUGAACACCGUGGCCACCUGUGUCUAGUUUUUGAAUCUCUCAGCAUGAAUCUGCGAGAUGUAGUCAAACGUUUCGGCAAGGAUGUUGGUUUGAACAUUCGGGCAGUGCGCGCAUAUGCUCACCAGUUGUUCCUUUCCAUGAGUUUGCUGCGCAAGUGCAACAUCAUGCACGCCGAUAUUAAGCCGGAUAACAUCUUGGUCAACGAGCAGAAAACUCUUUUGAAAUUAUGUGACCUUGGUUCUGCGUCUGACGCAUCUGAGAACGAGAUCACACCAUACCUUGUCAGCAGGUUCUACCGGGCUCCCGAAAUCAUUCUCGGCAUCCCAUAUGAUCCCGCCCUCGAUAUAUGGUCCAUUGGCUGCACGCUGUAUGAAUUGUACACAGGGAAGAUAUUAUUCCCGGGCAGAUCAAACAACCAGAUGCUCUUACUCAUGAUGGAGUUGAAGGGUCGCUUCAACUCAAAGAUGGUCAAGAAAGCUAAAUUUGGGGAUCUCUAUUUCGAUGAGAUGAGUGGAUUCCAGAGUGUGGAGCAAGACCGUGUGACAGGUGGUGACAUCAUCCGCAAAGUACAUAUCGCGAAACCGACACGUGAUCUUCGUGCAAGGCUUAUGCCGGCUGCUUCGGCUCAGAUGAAGGACGACGAGCGGAAAAUGUUGACAUCCUUCAUCGAUCUGCUGGACAAAUGUCUAGCUUUGGAUCCCGCCAGGCGAAUUACGCCCAAGGAGGCUCUUGUCCAUCCUUUCAUCCGAGGCUAG